GGGCGGGAGGGCGCGCGGGGCCCGGAGCGGCGCGCGAGGUGCGUCAUCACCCCCCCCCCCCCCGGCCCCCCGUUCCGUGGGGUCGGGCACCAUGUUCGGUUCAUCCCGAGGGGGGGUCCGGGGGGGUCAGGACCAGUUCAGCUGGGAAGACGUCAAGACGGACAAACAGCGUGAAAACUACCUGGGGAAUUCCCUGAUGGCUCCGGUGGGCCGGUGGCAGAAGGGGAAGGACCUGACCUGGUACGCCAAGGGCAAGAAGGAGACGGCCCCCCCGCUGUCCCGGGAGGAAGAGUUGGCCGCCGUCCGCUUGGCCGAGCAGGAGGCCAUGAUGGCAGCCCUGGGCUACAAGAACGUGAAGAGGCAGCCCACCGGCCUCAGCAAGGAGGACCUGGCCGAGGUGUGCAAGCGGGACGGCACUGAGCGGGACGAGAAGGACGUGGACCGGGUGGUGGGCUUGGGGAGCUCCAGCGGCAGCGCCGGCCGGGUGGUGCUCUCCAAGGAGGACAAGGAAGCGGCCAAGAUGGGGCUCUCCGUCUUCACGCACCAGAAAGUCUCCAGCAGCCCCGAGACGUCUGGCUCCAAGAAGAAGGAGGAGAAGGUGGAGGAGAAACGACCAGAGGGCGGCAAGAAAUCCAAAAAGGAGAAAAAGAAGAAGAAAAAGAAGAAACAUAAGAAAGAGAAGAAGAAGGAUAAGCAUCACAAGAGGGAUGCUGUCCCGUCAUCCUCCGAUUCUUCUCCGGACCGGGAUGAGAGGCACCACCGAAGGAAAACCCACCAGCGCCCCGAGACAUCGCGGCACGGCAGCCGGCGUCGGCACAACACGGAUUCCUCUGCCAGCAGCGGGGAUUCGGGCAGGAGCCCUUCGCACCGUCCUGCCCGUCGGCGGAGCCGGAGCAGGGACGGCCGCGGUCGGCACCCGUCCCCGCGGCGUAAGGGGAGGAAGAGGAGCAGGAGCAGGUCCCCUCCGUCCCGUGGGGUCAGGCAGCGCCACGACACCGAUUCGGAGGACUGAGAGGGAGCCUGGGGUUUUUUCCAGGGAGAUCUCACAUAGGCUUAUAUAUUUUUUAAGGUUAUUAAAUUAAAAAAGCCACAGCUCUGCUCUUGCCGGGGCCGAGUCUGGCAAAGGGCAUUAUGUUUUGUGAUGCCAGCUGCCCCUUCCCUGCCCGCAGCUCCUGCCUUUAACCGGGGGCAGCUCCCCCCGCUGUUGCCCCCGGCCGUGGUGGGGGGCAGCAGGUGCCCGGGCACCUUUCUCCUCGAUCCCUGGAUCCAUCCAUCCAAGGAAUGAUUUAGCUCGGAGGAUGCUGCGGGGCGGGUGCUGGCGCGGGGAGGCUUCCUGCUGCGAUGCUGGAAAUGCUGCAGGUGCCUCAUGUUUAUGUAAAGAGACUUUGGAUGGAGUUAUUAUUAUUAUUAUUAUGUUUUUUAGUAUCUUCUUUCAAUGCCCUAGAGUAACUGCCAGCAAAGCUGCUGAAGGAGAGUUUCUUUCCUUAAACUCUCCCUUAAAUUAAAUAAAAUGUGGGGCUUACGCACUGCCA